GCGGCGGCGGAGGCCUCGCCAUGGCGGCGCUGCGCGGGCUGCUGGUGCCACUGCUGCUCCCCGAGAGCUGCUUCGACGAACUCGUCCUCAACCUGCACCUCCUGCACGUGCCGUGCCUGAAGAUCCUCCUCAGUAAAGCGCUGGGCUACGCCAUCGUGGCCGGGUCCCUCAUUGUGAAGCUGCCGCAGCUGCUGAAGGUGUGGGGGGCUCGCAGUGGGGCUGGGCUCAGCCUCCCCUCCCUGGGGCUGGAGCUGCUGGCCCUGGGGGGCUCUGUCAGCUACGGCUGGGCCAGGGGCUUCCCCUUCAGUGCUUGGGGGGAGGCUCUGUUCCUGUUGCUGCAGACCCUCACCCUCCUCUUCCUCAUCCAGCACUUUGGGGGCCACAGCAGGCAAGGGCUGUUGCUGGUCAGCAGUUAUGUGCUGGUCCUGGGGGCUCUGCUGUCCCCCCUGACCCCCCUGGCGGUCCCCACGGCGCUGCAGGCAGCGAACCUGCCCCUGGUGGUGCUGAGCAGGCUGCUGCAGGCUGUGGCCAAUCACCGGCAGGGCCACACAGGGCAGCUCUCGGGGAUCACCACAGGGCUGCUGCUGGGGGGGGCCCUGGCCAGGGUCUUCACCUCUGUGCAGGAGACCGGGGACCUGCUCCUGGCGCUGACCUUCGCCACCUCUGCCGCCUGCAACGCUCUGCUGCUGGCCCAGCUGCUCUACUACGGGGGGGGUCCAAAAGCCCCCAGCCCACGCACCAAGGCAGACUGAGGGGACCCCCCCCCACCCCCCUUGGGACCCUCUCA